GCCAACAGAACACUGAUACGUGUUCGAUUUAGUUACAACUUAGUAUUGUACUUACUAAUAUUAAUAUAUGAUGAUGUUUAGCUUGGUUAGCAAAACUGUUGAAAUAAAUAUGGAGUAAAUUGCUUUUGAGGGGAAAAAAGAAAAGAAAAAGGAGAAUUAUUGUAUGCGUGAGAGAGUGUUACUCAAAUUACGAGACUAUAAAGAAGCAUCACAGUCUGUAAAGGAACUAGGUUUCUUGGAUCUUCUUCUUCUAUUCUGGAGUAAAUAAGGGAGGUUGCAAUGGACACUAGUAUUAGUAUUAGUUAAAGAAAACCCCAUUGCAUUCCAUUUGGCAACUAUUCCUAUCCAAUUUUAAAUGCUCUUCCACCUCACGAGAUCUCCGUGGCCCUAGCCUACCACUACUCACUUCUUCAAUGUCCUACUCCUCUUCGAUAUGAGUCAACUCGGCGCCGUGUUGCGGACUCAGAGGGAGCCCAGGAGGAGUACCAUUCUGGGUUUGUUGACGGAGCAAAUGGACGGCGUUGAUAGUGGGACCCGCAGGAGGCGCAGCUUCAAGGAGCGCUUCGGAUUCAUCGGCAUGGGGUGCUGUGGGGCCACCUGGGGCUUCCGUUCCGACGCGCUAAGUGUCACCCAAGGAGAACAGCAACAGCAGGAAACGGAUCCAGAGUGCGUGGGUCCAGCAGGUUUGGGUUCGGGUAUGAAUCUCGCGGCGGCGUUAGCGGCGGAGAGGCAGCUCCGGGGGCCGCAGGAGGAGGCAGUGAGAGCGCCGGGGACGCCGUGGAGGGUGUCGCUGAUGAGGCUGCUGGAGGAGACCGAGGCGGAGAAGGAGAAGGAGAAAGAGAAAGAGGAGAAUGUUGUGGGGAAUGAUUCGGUGUGCUGCGUGUGCAUGGGAAGGAAGAAAGGCGCAGCGUUCAUCCCAUGUGGACACACUUUUUGCAGGGUGUGUUCCAGGGAACUGUGGCUUAAUCGAGGCUCUUGUCCCCUUUGCAAUCGCUCCAUCCUCGAGAUUCUCGACAUUUUCUAGAAUUUCUUCUAACUACUUUUUAUUAUUCUUGAUCCAGAACCAACCACUUCAUCCCUCCGCAUGUGUAAUAGUAUCAUACUAUGAAUCUCAUCAUGUAUUUGUUACCGCGCUAAAUGUUUCUCUCUUGUAUGUACUAUAUACUACUAUAUGCCUGUGACUUUACACCAGACAACAUUCAACAAAGUCGGCUCCAUUAUUUUGUUUCU